AUGAUUCCAAAGCAAUCAAGGGAGAUGGAAGAGGAUUUGAAAACAGAACAAAAAGAGGAUGAUAUAAUUCUCAUCAAACCAAAAACAACAUCUUCCAAUCCUUUGGUAUUUUCAGAACUCCAACAAAAAUUAGAACAAGAACAUAAUCUCUUCCAAGUUAGUCCCACCACUAAUAAUAAUGGAACAAUCUCGAGUCCAAGAAUUGCAUACCUCAAGAUUGAGGAAAAUUCUGUAACAAUUCAUUCUGAAAAUAUCAUAUUGAAAACUCAUGCAGCAGACUUGUGUUACUGUGUACAUGACAGGCUUCAGAGUCCUACUAUUCAUAUUGUGGCUGCCAAUAGAUCGAAUCCUCACAUUGAAUAUGUACAAUACAAUUACAAGACUCAAACAAGCAAAUAUCAAAUCAUUGACUUACCCAAAGAACAACGAAUUAUUGGAUUGGACAUUGGACAUGGAAAUCCUUCUGUAGAUAGUAUUUUAAUGCUGAGAGUCCUUUCAGGUGAGAAGGAAAUUCCAAACGGGUUCUUUUUCAGCGCCUUACAAGCCAACCAACACUACAAGAAUAUGGUGUUCAGUAAAUUCCUUAGAGAAUUGGAAAUGCCACCUGAAGAUCCAAAUCUCCAAACUCCAAUCACUCCAAAUAUUGGACAUUCACCAAGCGAUUUAUUCCCCACUUCAAACAUGCAACAACAAAUCGUGUUGAAUACCAUUCUUAGAGAAUUAAAAGAAAUGAAGAGCUCUAUUGAUUUCAAGCUUGACAAGAUUACCCAUGAAUUAUCUGGACUUGACAAGAGGGUUCAUAAUAUUGAGAAUAUUCUUAGUCACUCAAACGUGAAGCAUUAG